UUCCCUUUCGCGCAAGAUCUCUCGCACAGCUCAAUCUAGGGUUUUCUUUUUCUCUCUCCUUUCAUAUGGAUCAUCCUCCGCCACCAAUCCAAAACCUAGAUCCUCAGCCCCCACCUCCUCCUGAAACCCUAAUUCCUUCCUAUCAAUACCCAUCUCCACCUUCCCAAUCCCUUGAUUCCUCCUUUCAAAACCCCUCCAAAACCCUUGCUUCAGAUCAUCCUGAUUCGAUUACUCCAAAUUCUGAUUCUCAAAACCUCGCUAGUUUUUCCAAUAAUGGCCAGACCCAUUUCGAAGGGCCCAAGUUCGACCUCCAGAAGCCCUUGGUUUCUGAAAAUGGCGUCACCAACACCCAGAGCGGCACCGACAAGGACUACUCCGGCGGCGAGGAGGAAACUACCAGUCGUCGGCGCAGGCGGAGCCGCUGGGAUCCGCCGUCCGAUUCUGGAAACCAAACAGCCGGUGAAGCAGCCGAAGGUACCGGGGCCAGGAAGAGGAAAUCGAGGUGGGCGGAUGAUGAGCCGAAGCCAUUGAUUCAAUUGCCGGAUUUCAUGAAAGAUUUCACCGGAGGUAUUGAAUUUGACCCUGAAAUUCAAGCUUUGAAUAGUAGGCUUCUUGAGAUUAGUCGCAUGUUGCAAUCUGGUUUGCCGUUGGAUGAUCGGCCUGAGGGGGCGAGGUCGCCUUCGCCUGAGCCUAUAUAUGAUAAUAUGGGAAUUAGGAUCAACACCAGAGAGUAUCGGGCUCGCGAGAGAUUGAAUCGUGAGAGACAGGAAAUUAUAUCACAAAUCUUGAAACGAAACCCGGCAUUUAAGCCCCCGGCUGAUUAUAGGCCCCCAAAGCUUCAGAAGAAGCUUUAUAUACCAAUGAAAGAAUAUCCGGGCUAUAACUUUAUUGGGCUUAUAAUUGGACCAAGGGGGAACACACAGAAAAGAAUGGAGAGGGAGACGGGGGCAAAAAUUGUGAUUCGGGGAAAAGGGUCGGUGAAAGAAGGGAGGUUGCAACAGAAGAGGGAUUUAAAACCUGAUCCUUCUGAGAACGAGGAUUUGCAUGUAUUGGUUGAGGCGGAUACACAGGAAGCACUUGAUGCAGCUGCCGGGAUGGUGGAGAAAUUAUUGCAGCCAGUUGAUGAGGUGUUGAAUGAGCAUAAGAGGCAACAGCUUAGGGAGUUAGCAGCCCUAAAUGGGACAAUAAGGGAUGAGGAGUACUGUAGAUUGUGUGGAGAGCCAGGGCACCGGCAAUAUGCUUGUCCUUCACGAACUUCGACGUUUAAAAGUGAUGUACUAUGUAAGAUAUGCGGUGACGGUGGGCAUCCUACCAUUGAUUGUCCGGUGAAGGGGACAACAGGGAAGAAAAUGGAUGAUGAGUAUCAGAACUUUUUGGCUGAGCUGGGAGGGACAGUACCAGAUUCUUUGAUAAAGCCAAACAAUGCAUUGCCAAUUACAGGUUCAAGUGGUUCUGGUAGCAAUCCUCCUUGGUCUAACAAUGCUGGUGGUACAGCACAAGCUGGCUUAGGGGCAAAUGGAGCCAAACCCAUUAAGGAAUAUGAUGAUACAAACUUGUACAUUGGGUAUUUGCCACCUACUCUUGAAGACGAUGCUUUGAUUAGGUUGUUUUCACCCUUUGGUGAUAUUGUGAUGGCUAAGGUUAUUAAGGAUAGGGUUACUGGAUUGAGCAAAGGGUAUGGUUUUGUCAAGUAUUCUGAUGUUCAACAAGCCAAUAGUGCAAUUGCCAGUAUGAAUGGUUAUCGUUUAGAGGGAAGAACAAUUGCUGUGAGGGUUGCAGGUAAGCCUCCUCAGCCUGCUGUCCCUCCGGGUCCUCCCCCUCCUGCAAUGCCUACAUAUCCAAGUUCAAAUCAGGCUGUUGGUGCCUAUCCAUCCCAGCAAUUUACUGCAGGUGGUCCCCUUGGGAAUACUCCACCACCGAGCUAUGCCCCUGGUGCUCCAGUUCCAUGGGGACCGGUUCCUCCUCCUUAUGCCCCUUACCCUCCUCCUCCCCCUGGGUCAAGCUUAUACACUCCAGUCCCAGGUCAACCUGUGCCUCCUUAUGGUGUGCAAUAUCCUCCUCCUCCUCCUCCUACACAGUCAGUUUCUGCUGGUGCCCCAGCUCAGACUGUGGUGUCUAGUGAAGCACAACAGAAUUUCCCUCCAGGAGUGCAGUCUGAAAGUGGUUCUUCUGUUCAAUCUGUACCUACCAGUGUUUAUGGGAGCUCCUUAUCUGCAAUACCACCAAAUCCUCAACCUGCAUAUUCAACAUCUUCAUAUGGUUACUCUUAUUAUGGUGUUGCUCCUCCUCCACCUCUUCCUGUACCUUAUCCAAUGGCAGAUCAAUCGCAGAACAUGGGAAAUGCGCCUUGGAGCUCGGCUCCACCAGUGCCUCCACCUGUUCCACCAGCAGAAAAGACAACCCAUGUUACUGAUGCAGAAUAUGAGAAAUUCAUGGCGGAGAUGAAAUGAUGUGGCUGUUCCUUAGAUGCUGCCUUGAGGUUGAAGGCAUGAUGUUUCUUGGAGCUCUUGUGAACCUGAUUUCUUACCUCUUGCCAUGACUUGUUGGAAUUUUGGGACUCACAUCUUUAACAUUGCUGUACUGUUAUGACAUUUGCAGAAACUUGGGCUAAAGUUCGGUUCAUUCAGUCUCAGUAUGGGAGAAGCCAUGACAAUGCUUCUUAAUAUCUUGAAUUCCCCUGGUCGGACUUUAUUUUGUUUCUUAUGGAUGUUUCUUGCCUCCUAUGCCGUGCCUGGUCGCUAAUGUUUCCUUCUCUUUCUUGGGUUGUUUGAACACUUGAAUAUUCAGUUGCUGACGUUUUGUGGUGUUAUAUUUCAUUUAACAUAUUGGUAUUGUGUUGGUUAACGAUUUUGUUGACUGAUUGUGCUUGCUUGCUUUUUGAUUUUUUGUUGAUGAUAAUACUCAUAUUCACUGUGGGGAUUACAAGUUCUUGUAUCCUCAUGAUGCUGCCUGCUGCGAGCCUCUUUUCAUUCUCACAGUCCAGAGGCCCUUCUAAUGUGUUUGGGGGUAUGUGGAAGUAAUUAUGCAUUUUUACUUAUUUUCAAUUCCUUGUGUUUCUACUUAUCUUAAAUGUUACUCUGAUACUUGUACUUUCCAGUUUCUUAUGUGGCAGGUAAAAAGAGCUCAUGUUUGAUUUGGUAAUGAUAGGCACUUUCCGUUAUCAGAUUUUAACUUCUUUCUUCAUUGAUUUUCUAAUUACUAAUUCUGAGGAUAUUUUCCUUGGGAACUUUGAGUCUUUGACAUAAUAACUAAUAUCAAGUUAGUGUAUAAGUGUUUGAUUUGAUUAAUUGAAAAGAAAAUAAUCAAUUUAGUAAGGGUGUUAUGCUCUAUUAGGAGGCAGUAACAGGAUAAGGCUAGGAUAAAAGGAGCGUGGAUCAGGGCUGAGAAAAGACACAAGUACCAAUAUUUCAAUAAGAAGCCUUGGAGUUGAGUGGCAAAGUAUGCUUAGUUUAUGUGGACUAGGAUAGUUCAGAUGAGGUUUUCUUUUGUUGAUUUGAUGUAUGAUGUUGGUGGACACAGGUACAGAGAGUUGUUACCAUGGCAUCCCGAAGAAUUAGAGCAUAUGAUAGUUACUGUAGGGUCCACACAACCCAGCUUACCAUUUGAUGUGUUAUAGUGGCUUAUUCCUUAUCAGCACAUAAGAAUGGGCCUAGUGGCUUACCUUCAUUGGAUUUUCUGUAUAAAUCCAUCCCAUAGUGUUGAUUACUCUUCAUUUAUCUCUGUUUUCUUUUCUCAGCUGAGAUCUUUAAAGUUGAUCAAUUGUAUACCAUUCAAUCAUUAUAUUUUGUUAGACUUUGUUUUUCACCAUUUUCCCUUUUCCCCCUCCUCUUCUCUUGUCUACCUACAUAGAUGGCAGUUAUUAUCGCAUAUGUUCAUGUAGUGUAGGAAUUCUUGCAGCAUAUAGGUGCUUCUUAGGGCACCGCUGAAUGUAAAUUUGUUUUUUUCUGUAUAAAAAAAUUAUUGACUUACAUUGCAUGUAUAAAAUUUAAGUUUACAAAUGAUUUAAAGUUUUUUCUUAAGUAGAUAUGUAAUUUUCAGUUGCUAGGAGUGUUUAAUCUUAAAAAAUGAGCUUUGCUUGUCAAGAUGACUCUCUUAUGAUUUAGUAACUUCCUGAAAUUCUAAGAUGGGCAAUAAAGUUCUCAGAUUGCUUGUUGACUUGUUUGUGAAUAUUGUCAUAAUAUUGAAAAUGAUGAUUUGUUCUUUAUUUUUGACUGGCUUUAAACUAGUUAAACAUGAGCCUGGUGUCAAAUGGAAAAAAAUUUCCAUCUUAAAACGUUUCAAAGUUUUAGGAUGGGGAAUAAUUUUCAUUGAUAUUGCCUAUUACUUGUUUAUUAUAAAUUGUCCUUUUAAACUAGGUAAAAUGGGAUCCUGGUGUCGAAGGGAGCAUCAUAGAAGCAUAUUUACUUUUGGGCUCCCUUGUUUCCAUAUGGAACCUGAAAAUAAAAAUGCCUGAAUAUUUCAUGAGAUUAGGUUGUGUAUCCUUGUGAUUGUAGGGAAGUUAUAUUAUUGAAGAAUUUCCUUAAAAUGAGAUGGCUGAUAAGUUUCUGGGUUGUGUGGCAUCCCAGAAAUUGAGGAAGCCACAUUCCUCCACUUAAGUGUGGACUUGUUAUAUUAGUGGCUUUACUUUGAGCACAAGCACAGUCAUACACCAAGGAUUUCUAUUGCUUAUUCAAGAAAUGACUUGCUUAUGACUCUAAAUGAAUUGCAGCCUUUUGUAGUUCCUAAGAAGUAACUUGUUUUCAGGUAUAAGUUAAUUGUAUCUAUAUGUGCACAUCUUCUGUUAGAAUUUCAUUUAUUCAUGGAUGUGAACAAGAUAUUACUGAGCAGAGUGAUAGGCUUAAGUACUUCUGCCGCAAAGAAAAAAAAAAUAAUGACUUUAUUGUAAUAAUCGUGCAACUAAUAGUUACUGUUGAUAGAAUUGGAUUAAGCUCCCUUUCUUGUCCUUGAUCUCGAACUGUUUGGUUGGUUAAGAAGAAAACUGGUUCAUUUUCUUAUUGGUAGCAUCCAUUGAUUAGUGUAUUGUUCUAGUCUUUUUGGAAUUUUUGUCCUUGCUGUUUUUCUAACUUCAUUUUUUCUUUCUCCAAAUUCCGAGUUGCCGAACUUCCUGGCUCGAGGGAUGGUGCUUUGAAUUUUUGUCUUGCAUUUUUUAUUAUAUAAGUUAGGUUUGUUAUUGGAUUAAUUUAAUUAACCCUUAUAUUCUUCUCCCUUGAGCAUUUCGUUUACAGAAAACUUAUGCAGGGACAGUUCAAUGGUGGGUUCCAUUCUAUCCUAUGACGAGGGAAAACACAGAAGUGUGGGUUUAUUUUCACCUAAGUUUCCCCAGCAAUUAAACAGAGCUUAGAUGGCCUGUGAUGGAAUCUAGGUUUAUUUUUGUUUUGAGACCUCCUGCCUCUUGUCCAUUCACUUGCUGACCUUUUAUUAUGGUUUUUUCUGUUCUAAAUCUAGUUUUAUUUUUGUUUUGAGGCCUCCUGCCUCUGGUCCUUCCACUUGCUGACCUUUUAUUAUAGUUCUUUCUUCUGUUUUAAUUCUUGAUAAAUAGGUUUCUGCAUUGAUCUCACUUCCAGGAUUUCUACCUUGUGUGUCUAUUCAGCUUCCAGAAGCAUCUAUGAAUCAAUAGAAUAGACAUCUACAUUAUUAAUGUUCCUUUUUGGAGGACUCCUUUUCUGCAUUCUGAAUCUUUUAGGAUGCUUUGAAGUUUGUGCUGCCUGUUUGUUCAGUUUCAGAUUGGAAUUGAAAAUAUAAAUUUUCCAGUCCCGGGAAAAGAAUGUGUUAUUUCCUGAUUAUGGGAGCCAUGGCCACACCAAGUGAGCUAAUAAUUCUUUGCUGCAUCUCAUAAAGUUGCAUGGCUUAUACAUAAUUCCAUUUGGCAUAUGUACUUGUUCACAUGAACUUUUGGGUGAGUGGAGAAUCAUUGCUUUAAUUUACAUGGAGGAAGUGAGGACUUGACUCUUAAAUGAUUUCUUUUGUUUACCUAUGGAAGAAAAGAAGUCAUAUAGCACUAAUAAGGUUUUAGUAAUUUGUUUCUGACCCUGCUAACGUUAUUGUGAAUAAGUUGGUCAGGCUUUGCAUCCUUGAGAUGAUAAGAAGUUGUGCAAGGUGUUUGUUGCCGUCAUGAGCUUCGUGGCCCUUCAUCAAAGAAGAUUAUUAGAGACUUCUGCAUAUAAGCUAGUGGUCCUUCUGCUUAAUUGUUAGAGAAUUUUUGUCUUACCCUGCCUUCAGAUUGUGUUUGGGUUUGUGCAUGUGAACGGGGGUGUGGGGGUGUCUUGGAUUUUACUUAAGCAUUGGUCUAUAAUCUUCGUCUAACCUUAUUAGUCAAUUUGUUAAUUGAACUUGUAUACAAAUGUAUUCCAAUUGGACUGAAUUCACUGGUUUCUUACUAAAGAGUUCCAAAUUUCCUCA